AUGAAUCUAAGGUUGGAACUGAAACGGUUUUUGGCUCUGUGCUUCAUGUUCUCCUCUGCAUAUAUGACAUGGAAGGCAAUGUCCCUGGUGGCUAAUUCACACUCGCCAAUUGUUGUCGUGCUUUCGGGGUCUAUGGAGCCUGCAUUCCAGAGAGGUGAUGUGUUGUUCCUGUGGAACAGGAACCAAAGAAACAAAGUGGGUGAUAUUGUGGUCUAUGAAGUAGAAGGUAAACAGAUCCCAAUUGUGCAUCGUGUCCUAAGGGAGCACUCACAUACCGCUAACCCAGGCAAGCAGUUCUUCUUGACCAAAGGUGACAACAAUGCGGGUGACGACAUCCCGCUGUACAGCGCAAGGAACAUAUAUCUGAACAAGGAGAAGGACAUUGUUGGCACAGUAGUUGCAUACGUGCCAUUGGUAGGCUACGCAACAAUUUGGCUGAACGAGUCAGAGAAGGCAAAGUACGCCAUCAUGGGUCUGCUGGGUCUGUCCGCAUUGCUGAGCGGCGAAGAGUAG